UCACAUAUUCUGACGUCCAGUAAGUGUUGAACAUCUCUGAGGUCUCAUCUGAUUUAUGGAGUCCCAGUCAGGUCCAGCUGUUUGGACUGCACUUCCAGCCCUGUCCUUCCUGGGUGUCCCUACUUUCCCUUUCGUCUGCCCCCGAGGGACACACGGGCCCUCCUCCAGCACUUCAUCACCCACUGACGAAGAGCCUCAGCUGCACUCUUCCUGUCUGCGUUUUACUUUUUUUUUUUUUUACAUCAGGCGGAGAAGACCUGAACACAUCGUGGGGAUUGAGGAAUGUCUCCUCAUUUCCCAGAGCCGUCACAUUCUGCGUGAAUAUCGUCUGAGUAACUCGGGCCGUUUUCGUGUUUGCUUGGUGUGGGAAGGAGAGGAUAGAUUCAGGAACACAGACUGGAGGGAAGGUUUUCUGCCUAGAUGAGAGAGUGGACGGAGGCUGAGAUGAGCUUUUCAGCAGGGGGGUACCUCCCCACCUCGGAGGGUUACUGCUCCACGGAGCCGCUCCAGUACUACGACAUGCUGGCCGAGCCUCUCGGCUGUCCCCUGCAGGACCCCGACCUCCAGCUGCUCCCUUACAGCCAGCAGCAGUACCUCCCUGCCAGCCUGCCUUUCCCCUUCUAUGGCUCCCCGCCCUCUUCCGCUCCUUCGCCUUCGUCUUUGGCGUCACCCUCUCAGCUCUGCCAUCCUCCCUACCAGUACAGCCCUCACUGCCUGGAGGGCCCCUGUGAUCCCAGCCCCGAGGCCCUCUCUGCGGACACGGCUCAGGGACUUGGGCCGGCAGGGCUGUGCCCCGGGCGGAGGUCUCGCAUGGGGUCGGGAGUGAAGAACAAAGGUCAGGAUGAGCUGUGCGUGGUGUGUGGGGAUAAAGCAUCAGGGUAUCACUACAACGCUCUCACCUGCGAAGGGUGCAAAGGUUUCUUUAGGCGCAGCGUGACUAAAAAGGCAGUGUAUCACUGCAAGAGCGGCGGCGGCUGUGAGAUGGAUAUGUACAUGAGAAGGAAGUGCCAGGACUGCCGGCUGAGGAAGUGCCGAGCGGUGGGAAUGCUGGCUGAGUGCCUUCUGACAGAAGUUCAGUGCCAAUCCAAACGCCUGAGGAAAGGAGGUAAAAGCAGAGGGCAAGAGGAGGAGGAGAACACAGACAGCCUGAGAGUCAGCUCUACCUCCCGGCUACCUGGACAGGCUCAGGCGGCCAUGUUGACCAGGGAACAGAAAUACAUUGUGGACAGGAUGGUGGAGGCUCAUCGCCAGUUCAGGGAUCUAGACAGCAGCAGCCACAGGGUGGGUACGUGUCCAGACUUUGUGUUUAGCAGGUGUUAUGACGUGCUCACCUCCUUCUUGCGUUGGCAGCUCUUUGAGUGGCAGUGUGCCCUGGAAGGGGAGGGCCUGUCUGACGUUCUGUCCCCACACCUACACCGACUGCUGCAGUUUGCCAGAACAGUGCCAGGUUUUGACCUCCUGGAUUUCUCAGACCAGAUGUCCCUCCUGUCUGUAUCUUCGCUGGAGGUCAUGUUCCUGCUCUCCGCCCAGCAGUUCUCCAACAACCCAGCAAGCCCCACUCCAGUCUUGCAGCUUUUCAGCACCUCCACUCACGGUUGGCUCAGAAAUCUGGACUCCAAAGAAAACUUCCAGAUCAAGGCGCCCAUCAGUUCAGGAAGCAGUGAGGAUCUCCUCGGCUCGGUGCUAAACUUCCUCCACAGCAUGGUGGUGCUGCGCGUGACGGAGGCUGAAUACACCCUGCUUACUGCCACCGCCCUGCUCUGCUCAGAUCGGGCGUCCCUGCAGGCGGUCAGCUGCGUGGAGAAGAUGCAGGAGCUGAUCCUGGACCUGCUGUCCAGGGCGUGCGGGGCCCAGGCCGGUGCAGCAGCGCGAGGAGGGCCGCAGCGUUUCGGCCGCCUACUGGGCAGACUGACGGAGCUACGCACCCUCCAUCACAACUACCUCCUCCUGAUGGAGCAACAGCCAGCACACUGAUGAAGAGGAGAUUUGCUUCUUCGGCGCGUGAAGAUCAGAAAGAGCUGGACCAACAAAUGACAAUCUUUUUCUCAACAGACUUGUUCUCACGUCACUCGGCUUCAGCGGUUUUAGAUUGUUGUAAAUGGCAAACAAUUGUUUUUUUUUUAUACUUAUCAUGAACUGUUAUAACAAACACUACCAGGACUGUUUAUUUUGUUGAACUAUUU